GUGACGUCAUCAUGUGCGACAAGUGUUUGUCAAAAAAGGGCGACAAACGGCGACCCUGACUUCUCAUGUGCAUGGAUGUUCUUCCUCACGGUACAGCGAUUUUAACAGGGACAAGUUCACGCCGCUUUUGCUAUGGGGACGUCAGCGUGACGGCGCCGCAGGAAUAGAAAUGUUUUCGCGUUUUUCUGCUUUGCUGCUGAGCGGCAGAGGAGCCGCCGCCACAAGAUUUGCGUCUUCACUGGCAGGUGAAAGCAAUCUUCCUCGUAAUUUGCUGUUGCCUUCCAACCUGGUGGAUCCUUCCAGAACAAAGCGUCCGCCUCCCCUGGCAGACUCCCCCCUGCCUCUUCUGAGGUCAUGUGAUGCAGACAUUCCCGCUCACUUGUCCCCCGUGCGAAUGUGGGUGGACACUCUGGGCAGGCCCGACAGCGAGCCGCUGGGCGUGGCCGAGCUGCACCCGGACGUCUUCGCCGUUCCUCCCAGACUUGAUAUCAUCCACAGUGUGGAAAUGUGGCAGCGAAGUUACAAACGCAUCAGCUAUGCCAAGACAAAAGUGAGGUCAGAGGUGAGAGGGGGCGGUCGCAAACCGUGGAACCAGAAAGGAAGCGGUAGAGCUCGCCACGGCAGCAUCCGAUCGCCAAUAUGGAGAGGAGGGGGCGUGUCUCACGGACCCCGUGGGCCCACCAGCUACUACUACAUGCUGCCCAUGAAGGUCCGCGUGCUGGGUCUCAAAGUGGCGCUGAGCUCCAAAGUCGCUCAGGGUUACCUUCACAUCGUGGACUCCCUGAACAUCCACAGUCCAGAUCCGCAGGACUUGAUGGACGCCAUCAGACACAAAGCGUGGGGGGAGUCUGUGCUGGUCGUGGAUGUAGGGGAAGACUUUCCUGCCAACAUCCUGGAGGCCACGGCCACGCUCAAGACCAUCAACCUCAUUCCAGCCAUUGGUCUGAACGUGCACAGCUUGUUGAAGCAUGAAACCGUGGUCCUCACGCUGCCCACGCUACAGUUCCUGGAGAAAAAGCUGCUGUGGCACGACCAGCGCUACACACCACUGUACCCUUUCAAACUGCCAUACUCGGACUUCCCGUAACCCCCCCCCAUCUCCGUGUUGGACCAUAAAACCAUUUAUUAAUAAAAACAUGCUAAAACAAUGAAAGUCCAAAAUCAAUAA